AUGGUGGAUUCUGGCGGUGGUCAACGCUUUCUGUUGGAGCGUAUUUUGAGCCACCGCGACGUGAAUGGUGUCCGGACGAUUUACCUCGUCCGCUGGCGUGGCUAUUCACCGGCGUGGGACAGAUGGGAGCCUCGUGCCCAGCUGAUUGUUGAUUUUAUGGUUCUCGUCAAAACGUGUGACGAGACCAACCCACUGCGUUAA